AUGGACGCUAUCUCCACCUCAAGUGAAGCUCAAGUCUCUAGUCCUCAGAUGACAUCAAUGCUGAUUGAGGAAGAAAAUGCCUUUAGCAGUUCUCGCAUAUCGCCCCUUUCAGUGCUGUACAUCAUUACCUACUCCUUGAUCUCGGUGGUGGCUAUCGGCGGCAACCUGGUUAUCCUCUACCUGAUUCUUCGCCUGCCAUCAAUGCGGACCGUUACCAACCUCUUCAUCCUCAAUCUUGCUCUAGGAGAUCUGUUGAUGAGCGUUCUCUGCAUUGGCCCUACCUCCGCCUCCAAUCUCCUCUUUCGCUCGUGGCCCUUUGGACGGGUCCUCUGCGGCCUGGUCUCCUAUGCGCAGGCUGUCUCAGUGCUGGUGUCCGCCUAUUCACUGCUGCUGAUAAGCCUGGACCGCUACAACNAACAUGUACAUCGGUUUAUCGGUCUCAUCUGGGUUAUUGCCCUGCUGACACCGGCUCCGAUUGGCCUAUUGUCGACGGUAGUGCCCAUUGGAAGUAGUGUGGAAAACUUUGAAGAG